AUGUCAAAUAAUAAUCAUAUACAUAAUCAUAACCAAAAUGAGAACAACAACCAUAAUAAUAAUAAUAAUGAAAAUGAACAUCACCAUCACCAUCAUAUAGAGCCACCAAUAGUUAUUAGUUCAGUAAAUGAUCCAAUAGAUUUACCAGAUUCAACAUCAAUAGCAUCAUUAGCAUCUUCAGAAGAAGGUUCAAUACAUCAUAAUCAUAAGCAACAUCAAGUAAACCCUAUACAUCACAACCACUCAAAAAGUAGUCAUUCUUCUCAACAUCUGCCAAAUAAUCAAAUAUUAGGACCCUUAAGUGAUUUAGAAAAAAGUAUAACAUCAUUUGAAAAUUUACAAAAACAACAAGAAAAAGAAAAUUUACAAAGACAACAAACUUCAUUAACUACAAGUUCUAAAAAAACUUUAAUAGUUCCAAGACCUGAAAAAAGAGGAUUAUUAGCUUCUUUAGUUUUAGUACCUGAAUAUUAUGAUGCAAGAGAUUAUUCACCCAGGAUUAAAUAUUUAAUUGUAUUUUUAAUUGCAUUUGCUUCUAUAACUGGUCCAAUGGGUACUUCUAUUAUGUUACCUGCUAUAGAUGAUAUAGUUAAAAAAUUACAUACAACAGGAAGUGAAGUUAAUGUAUCUGUUGGUAUAUAUUUAUUAUCAUUAGGUAUAUUCCCACUUUGGUGGUCAUCAUUUAGUGAAAGAUACGGUAGAAGAUCAGUUUAUAUAAUAAGUUUUGUAUUAUUUGUUGGGUUUUCUAUUGGAACAGCAUUAGCGCCAAAUAUUUCUGCAUUAAUCGUAUUGAGAGUACUACAAGGUGGAUCAUCAGCAUCAGUACAAGCUGUGGGGGCAGGUACAAUAGCAGAUUUAUUUGCACCACAAGAUAGAGGAGUAGCAAUGGGAUGGUAUUAUUUAGGUCCUUUAAUGGGACCAUUUUUAGCUCCCAUUUUAGGAGGUGCAGUAUCACAAGCAUGGGGUUGGAGAGCAACUCAAUGGUUAUUAAUGAUUUUUGCAUGUUGUAAUCUAAUAUCAAUGACUUUUUUGUUACCUGAAACUUUAAGGAAAGUUGAUAAUAUUAACGCUAUAAGGAAUCUUAUGCAACAACAAGAACAACAAACUCAAGAUGAUGAGAAAGAAAAAUUUGAUUCUGAUUCAAGUGAUCAACAACAUGCACAUGAACCACCACAACAAUUAAAUGAUGAAACUUUACAAAGAGUUGCAACUAAUUUAAGUAGACGAUCUAGUGCAAGAUCAGUUAAUUCAUAUAUAGAAGAUGGUGAUGAUGAAGGUCCCAUUGUGGAUCCUGUUAUGCCUACAUUAUCAAGAUUAACAACAAAUAGAUCAACUUAUUCACGUAGAUUACAACAAGAUUACGUUACUGGAGAAAUUCGUAAAACUACAUCACAUAUUUCAGAACAUCCUACAAUUAAAGAAAAUAAAUGGUCACAAUACAAAACAACAAGUUAUGAUUUAUUCAUACGACCAUUACAUUCAAUUAUAUUAUUAAAACAUCCACCAGUAAUAUUGGUAAUAAUGUAUUCGGGUAUAUCAUUUGCAGUUAUUUAUUUUUUUAAUAUGACUAUUUCAUAUCAAUACGCUCGGCCACCUUAUAAUUUUUCACAAGUCAUUGUAGGAUUAAUGUAUAUUCCAAAUUCAAUUACAUAUUUAGCAGCAUCAAUGAUUGGUGGGAGAUGGAAUGAUAGAUUAUUAAAUAAAUACGCUGAAAAACAUGGUGAAUUAAUACCUGAAUCUCGUAUUUCAUGGAAUAUUGUAUUAGCUAUUAUUUUAUACCCAAUGGCAUGUUUAAUUUUCGGUUGGACUAUAAGAUAUGGAGAAUUUUGGAUAGUACCAUUAAUAGGUACUUCAUUGUGUGGAUUUGCAUCGAUGUUAGUCAUUGGAGCAACUGUAACUUAUUUGGUAGAUACUUUACCUGGUAAAGGUGCAACUGGAGUAGCAUUAAAUAAUUUAAUUCGUCAAAUCUUGGCUGCUAUAGCUACAUUUAUUGUUGAACCUUUAUUAAAAGCUAUUGGAGCUGGGAUAUUAUUUAGUAUAUUAACUGGGAUAUUAACUGUUGCAAGUUUAAUAUUGUUAUAUUUGAAGAAAAAAGGUGGGUAUUUUAGAGAGCAUUAUGAUUUAAUGAAAUUGUAUGAAAAAUUAUAA